AUGCAAGUCAGAUCAUUCUCAGUGAUUUAAUAUUAGCCCAGCCUGUUUUUGGUUAAAUGCUCAUUGGUUCCACUGGGGCUGAAACCAGAUUCUAGUUCCUGCUGAUGAUUCAUCUCUGUAUUCACAUAACAGGCCGACCGACCGAAGGAAGGAUCUCACUUCUUCACCAAAACACUAACUACAUAUAGAGAAACUACCGCAAACUGGAUUUGUUUAAUGACUUUUCUGCAAUCUGCUUUUGGUUGUACAUAUUUUUUUAACUUUGUGGGCGUUCAGUGAGACCAUUUGUACCUUCAGGCAAAGGAAUAGAGAGCUCAGAACAACUCACUGUGAAAUCACUGUCAGCGGAAAGAGAGGGAGAAUCAAAACUAUUGCAGGAUAGAAUGGCGGCAGUCGUCUCAGAAUAUUUCAAAUUUAUUGCACUCUUCUUCAAGAGCAAAGAUGUCAUGAUCUUCAAUGGCCUCAUAGGUCUAGGGACAGUGGCCGGUCAGACAGUGUAUAACAUCUUUGCUUUUAACUGUCCGUGUUCACCACAGAAGAAUUACCUUUACGGCUUGGCUGCAAUCGGUGUACCAGCCCUGGCUCUCUUUGUCAUCGGGGUGAUGCUCAAUCGAAAUACCUGGGACAUUGUGUCAGAGUGCCGCACCAGAAAAUGCCGGAAAUUCUCACUGACUGCUGCCUUUGCUCUGCUAGGCUCGAUUUUGGGGAGAGCAGUGGUCGCCCCAAUCACCUGGACUGUGAUUUCCCUCCUGAGAGGGGAGGCAUAUGUCUGUGCCUUAAGUGAGUUUAUAGACCCCUCUUCUUUGGACAAAUUCCCUCCAACUACUCAGGCCCCAGAAAUCAUGUCCCGGUUUCCAUGUAAGGAUUUACCUGCUCCACUGAUGGUUUAUUCUGGAGAGGUUGAACGCCAGUUGAAGUAUGAAUCCCAGCUGUUGGGCUGGCUGCUGGUGGGCCUUAUAUCCCUCUGCUUCUUUCUGCUCCUCUGCUUGAAAAACUGCUACUCUCCUCUGGGCUAUCUUCAGGAGGCAUACUGGAACCAGUACCGUUCCAAUGAACAAGCUCUUUUCCAACGUACUGCUGAGCUACAUGCUAAAAUCCAUGCUGCUGAGUGUGUCAAGAGCUUCUUUGGAUUUGUAGCCUUGGACAAUCAGGAAAAGGAGCUUAUAGAUGACUGUAAGGGUUCUAAGACCGCCAUACCCAGUCUGGAUUGGAACCGUAUCACAGGGGUUUACAUGUACAGAGAGAACAAUAACACUCCCAUGUACAGCCGCUUAGACAAAUGGGCCAUGUACGAAAAGGACAACAGCUGUUAGGCGAUUGAAAACUAAAUGAACAAGUUUGGCACAUGGUGGUGCUCUAUCUUUGGUAGUCAUGUUAUGAAUACUGCAUCUUUCAUUUGUUAUUUGUUUCUGCAUGUUAAAUUUGCGCUGAAAUGCUAGUGUAUGAAUGAUGUUGUUUUGACAUUGAAAGCUGUAAUUCAGAUUUUUAAGUUGUACUAUAUGUUUUUUUUUCUUUUCUUUUCUGCAUAAUGUGUGGUCUGUUAGAUACACUGAUGUCAUAAGCAUAACUUUAGAGAGUUUUUGGAGACUGUUGGUAGCUCAAAUGGUCAUGUUAUGAUAACACACAAUACAAACUCUUAAUGAUGUACUCUCAGGUUGAGGUUGCGUCAACCUCUUGUUAUCCUUUUUGCAUUAAAGUGCAUCUGACAAAUUAGUGUCUAAUGAAUGAAUAAUUAAUAAAUAACAAUGUAUACACACCCAAACCAUUAUCUUUGUUAUUAAGAAACACCCAAGCAGCGUGCCACGCAAGACAAUUAAGUUAAGCUCAAAAUGUUCUUAGGCUUUCCCUAAACUUUCAGAAAAGUAACACAGGUUGAUUUUUUUUUUCCAGUCUGCUCAGAAUUUUAACCUGAUCUUUAAACAUUUAUUUAUUUAUUCAAUUACUUUUAUUUAUUUUGAGAGAGAGAAAUA